AAUGACAAAUUUAAAAAAACAACAAGUCAAACUUUUAAAUAAUUUCAAAAACAUCAAUAUUUUCAACAGUAUUUAAAUCGAAAUAAAUUCUCUUAAACCUACAACAAGAUUGCCAGACAAUUAUGGAUUCAGAUAAUGAAAAUCUGGAUUUUAUUAAGCUAAUUAAUAUCAAAGGAAAUGUUGAUAAUAUUACACCUCAUAAAAUAGCAGUUGUUGCGUUUAUCCGAGAGUAUGGAUUGUUAAAGAUAGAAGCGAAAGAGAUGACCGAGCGGACUAUGGCUCCUAAAUAUAGAAAAGAUUUCUGUAUUCUAGCUUUAAAAUUAAUACAGUGUCCUGAUAUGGAGUUUAAGGAGUUGGAGGCUUUACUAACAAAUGGAAAAUAUAAUUUGUUGAGUGUACAUUUACAAAACUUUUGUGUUCGAUUGCAAAAUAUUUAUGUCAAUGGAGUUAAUGCAUUAAUGGACUGUGUCACUUCAACUAUAGAUAAACUUAUGGUUUCACCGUUGGUUGACCAGCCUGAGUUGCCCACAUGUACAAUAACAAGAUGUAGUGUAUUAGGAUUUUAUUUGAGAAGAAUAAUGCUUCAUUUCGAUAAAUUAACAUUUGUGCAACUGGGUGCAUUAUACAAAUCUUUUUGCCAAUAUUAUCAAAAAGGACGACCUGGACUCAUGAUGAGAUCUUUGAGCAAAGAGAAACUCAACAAUACUGAAUCACAGAAUUUGUCCGCAUCUGUUGUAGUAGAUGAAUCUAGACCUCAAGAGAUAAUAUCCAGAAUUAAUAUAAUAGAUAGAGAUAAAAUUGAUAAUGGUUUUGAAGAAUGUCAAUGGUCACGUAAACAAGCAGAGCUUUUCACAGCUCAACAAGCAAAUCUGUUACAAAUCAACCCAAAGAUGGCUUUACCACCAAAGCAACUACAGAAGAUGAUAAUGCAAAUCAUAAAUGAUAUACCAGAGUAUCCAGAUAUUCAUUUUCUGAGUUUCUUGAAUUGCAUAAGGAUGAAAGAAUUUUGUGGUGCCCAAGAGUCGAUGUACAAUUGUUUUGAUCGAGCUGUAUUUAGUGUUUGUAGCAGUAACACAAAUAACGACAGAAACAAAAAUUUUCGCUAUGCAGCGCUCAAUAGAGCUGCAAUGCACACACAAUUUGGACACAAGUCGCUAGCCAUGGAAGCGGUGCGUGAAGCCCUAGCGACCGCACAAGAAGCGGGCGACACAGCGUGCCUGGCGCACGCGGCGGCGUGGGGCGCGCUGGCGGGCGGGCGGGCUCGGCGCGCGGCGCUGCUGGCCCGCGUGCCGCGCGCGCCCCGCUCCGCCGCCGCCGCCGCGCAGCUCAUGGCGCAGCACGCGGCGCUCAACGCUGCCACGCCGCGGGAAGUUUUUCAGAUCAUAUUCAAAGGAGAAUCAAUAAAUUACCUGCAUUCAAUGACAGAUUUGACUAUGGCAGGCCUAGCAAAUACAGCAGCAUUGUGGGGUCUCUAUGGAAAAACUGAAAUGGCUUCUAUGAACUGUCAACUUUUACUUAAUUUAAAUACAAAGUGCAAGGUGGGCGUGGGCAGCGCGUGGCAGUGGGGCGAGACGAGCGCGACGGCGGGCGCGGGCGCGGUGUGCGCGGCGGCGUGGCGCGGCCGCGUGCCGCUCGCCGCCGCGCUCGCCAGCCACUUCGUGUCGCCGCCCGCGCGCGCGCUCUCGCUGCGCCAUCACGCGUCCUUUGCGCUCAGGGCCGGUAAAUGGGAAGAGGCAGAGCAAAGUAUCGGGGAAUUGGCAUCUUUUGACAGAUGGGAGAGCCAGCUGUUGAAAGCUGAAAUGUACUUCUUAAAAGGAGAUCCCACAAAUGCUCUGGAAACACUUCACGAUAUAUUAGAUAAUUGUAAAACAGAAGAUGACAGUGUCCACUAUAUAUCCCUUCGACUGAAAGCAAUGAUAUUGACCUCAGAAGUGCAGCACGCCUACAGCAGGAUUCAGUCAACGAAUAUAAUGUUGCUAAAUGAGGCUUUGUGUCUAGCGAAAAAAUAUCAUAUGCAUUUCUUAGCGGCUACAAUAGAAAUGCAUAUAGCGAAUGUACAACUACACAUGGGCUGUUCUAAAAAUGCAUUGAUUCUCGUCCGAAAAGUAUUGCCCUCAAUAAUGGAGCAUGGCAGUGCGUAUGAUGUAGCAAGAGGUAUGUUGCUAUAUACAAAAUGUCGAGUAGCUACAGUGUCACCUUCCGGAGAAGCAAGGGUACAAGUAUUGCAAUCAUGUUGUGAAUCUCUAGAUAUUGCGAAGGAUAAUUUUGCAAAAGUUGGCGCUCAAGGUCGUCUUUUACUCACGUGGUAUUUGCAGGCGCAGCUCUAUCAUGAUAUAGGCAAUAUAGUAAUGCGCAAUCAGUGUGCUUGGAUGUUUAGACAACUGGAAAAGAAUCUCCCAUUAGAGCCUAUGCAGAUAUCUCAUAUAAUAUAUUAAUAAGCAAUAAACGCGUUUUUAAGGUCUUGCGAAAAUAUCCACCUUGUGAUUUUAACCAUAACAGCUACAAACAGAGCAAAUAAAAACGUUUGAAAGGAAUUAUUUCGAGAUUUGUAUUAUACUGUUAAACUCCGUUACAAGCAAAAGAACACAUGCGUACGUUUAUUACGUACGCAAAGAAACUACACACACAGAUCGCGAGCUAGCUAUUGAUCGUCACAGUUACACACACAUGCUAAUGUGCACUAACACACCUACCAAAGCCGAGAGAAAGAAUGGAUAGACGCAUUUGCGUCUGCGUCUGGAAAGUCGCGGCUCAGCUCUCGCAAUGAACGCAAUACUAUACGCGAUCGCGUAGUUCCAUUACCUUUUAUCUGUUCUGUGACUAAAAACCUUGUAAUUACGUAUAAGUAUGUUACCUUUACAUAUGUAUGACAUGACCUUCUGUAUGAUAUUUCAUACGAAUAAUCAUUUUUAACUUUUAACAGAAUAUUCUGACCGUCAUUUUUAAAAGGGUUAAAGGGCGCCACAUGCCUAAUUUUUUUUGGUGGAUUGAUCAUUAAAUUGUUCAUAUCUUCUAAUAAGAAAUACUGUCUAAUGUCUUCCCCUCCAAGUAUUUUAGUUUCUCAGUAAAUUUUUCUAGAAAAUGCAUCGACUGUGGUAUAGUAUAGUAUUGAUAGAUGUAUUGUAUUGUGUAUUUUUAGUUUUAUUUCGAAGUAGCUAUAUCUAUAACCUUAUCAAGGUGUAGAUCUUCUAUCGGUCUGGGAUUCAACGGAAUUAGAUUCAAUUUCAACGGAAUAAUCACGGAAUCUACAAUAUUUCCUUCAAAUAUAAUAUUACAAUACAACAAAA